UGUUGCCCACAAGGAGGAGUCACCAGCCGUAGUCGGUCGCCGCUGUUUUGGUUUUCUCCGUCCUCCCGUCGGAUGAUAUAAUUGCGAGACAACCGAGUGACGCUGCGUAGGAAAUCACGGGGCUUGAAGGGGUGUAUUAGUUGGAGUCGGUCGGCCACUAGAAGUCGGACACACAGACGAAGUACAUAGAAACGAUGGCGGCCGAGACGACGGCGGACGCGACGCGACGGCUCAACGUUAAGAAGCAGACGCUGGACGACGCGUAUGCGGCGCCAGCAAACUUUCUGGAAAUCGACGUCGUCAACCCGAUCACGCACGGCGUCGGCAAGAAGCGGUACUCGGACUACGAGGUCCGCAUGAAGACCAACCUUCCUGUCUUUAAGACGAAAGAGUCGAGUGUGCGGCGCCGCUACAGCGACUUUGAGUGGCUGCGUAGUGAGCUUGAGCGCGACAGCAAAAUUGUGGUGCCUCCUCUGCCAGGCAAAGCGUGGAAAAGACAGUUGCCCUUCCGGGGUGACGACGGCAUUUUCGAGGAAGACUUCAUCGAGGAGAGAAGGAAAGGACUGGAACAGUUUGUCAACAAGAUUGCUGGUCAUCCCUUGGCUCAGAAUGAACGCUGCCUCCACAUGUUCUUGCAAGAUCCCGUUAUUGACAAAAACUACGUUCCAGGGAAGAUCAGGAACACCUAGGGUAUCUGUACCCGAAGUUUGAGUGCAAUUGUGAGAAAACACACUAUCGUUGUGCAGCAUUCCUUUUUCCAGCAAACCAAAUUGGGUUUGAAUAUUUUUUGAAGGCGAAAUGUAAUCCUACACCUAAAUUUCUGAUACAACGCCCUGCUGAGUUGAAAUUACAGAUACUCUUAAAUUGGCUCUCCAUUGUGAUUUUUUACUUGGGCCGUUUUCGCAAUUUUGUAUUGCCCUUCUUUCGUGAAGUCAGUCAUUUUAUGCUUGUUCUCAUCUAUGAUUAAAUUUAUACUAUCUUGCAGUCUUGCUGACGUUUGAAAUUCUGAAUGCAAAGUGAGUUCUUUGAAUUUGUAGUUGAAAAUAGGAUGAUGCUAAUCUUAAUCAAGAAAUUUAUUCAUAUUAUGAUGCACUAUUGUUAAAUUUCGCAGACCCGAGACCUGGAAAUGUUUGAGGUGGACUGCCAGCUAUGUGGAACAAAAAUAACAAUGAUUGGGUUAUGAAAAUGAGAUUCUGUUUUGUUAUAUUUUCAAUAUUUUAUAUAAUCAGUCCACAUAAAUUUGCUGUAACUACGGAUAUGAGUUAAAGGGAACAAACGAAUAUGCUAAAAUAUAUUAGCCAAUCUGAAUGGUAUCGUAAGCCUGAGUUCUGUGUUUUUCUUUUUCAACUGCAAACCUUUCUACUCAAGUUGAAUAUGUAUUGGUAAUCUUGUCUUUUUUCAGUGCUCGGGUCUACUUUAUCCAUGUAUAAUAAAAGAGUCUCUUCUAUUAUAAUCUA